AUGGAGCUGUCUGCAGUCGGGGAGCGGGUCUUCGCCGCCGAAUCUAUCAUUAAACGGCGCAUAAGGAAGGGUCGUAUCGAAUACCUUGUGAAAUGGAAAGGUUGGGCUAUCAAGUACAGCACUUGGGAACCAGAAGAGAACAUUCUGGAUUCUCGACUUAUUGUGGCAUUUGAGCAAAAAGAGAGAGAACAGGAGAUUUAUGGACCAAAAAAAAGGGGUCCAAAACCAAAAACUUUCUUAUUAAAGGCCAGAGCCCAGGCUGAAGCACUUCGUAUUAAUGAUAUCCACUAUGGAGUUAAACCAGGCUCCAGUGGCUCCCCUAAAUUGCACUCAAGUGCUGCUGUGCAUCGAUUAAAAAAGGACAUUCGACGUUGCCAUAGCAUGUCUCGUCGCCCUCUUCCCCGUCCAGACCCGUCUGCACCUUCUGGUACUAGUUCUGGUCUACGCCCCCCCUGUGUCACCAUUUUCAGAAACUGUGCGGAUCAUCAAUCGCAAGGCAAAACCUAGAGAGCCAAAGCGCAAUCGAAUUAUUCUCAAUCUAAAGGUCAUUGAUAAAGCUGCAAAGCCACCUCUAGGACGCCCCAAAAUUCCUUCCCGAAAUAGAGUGAUUGGUAAAAGUAAAAAGUACAGUGAGAGCAUGUUGCGCAAUCAGAUUCGUCACCUAAAAUAUGGGUCAUUUUCACUGUACAACAAGCCAGCCCUUCGAGGCCCAGGUGAAGAGAAAGCAGAUAAUGAAAGCACUCACCAAGGCUUAGAGGAUGAAAGCUCUGCCACAUCUGGGUGUCCUUCUCCAGCUCCAUCAGAUGAUCGACCCCCUAAAUUGCUGCCUGAGACUCUUAGUCCUGCUGUUCCUGACUGGAGGGAAUCUGAGGCAUUGGAUCUAUCUAUACCACCAGAAUCCUCUGCAAGCAAACGUGGACAAGGGGAGCCUGAAGAAUCUGAACCAGAAGAGGAAGCUGGAGACUGGCGUCCAGACAUGUCACCAUGUUCCAAUGUGGUGGUGACUGAUGUUACCAGUAACCUGUUGACGGUCACCAUAAAAGAGUUUUGCAAUGCACAAGACUUCGAGAAAGUAGCAGCAGUUGGCAAAUAG